CUCUGUUUCCCUCGUUUCCUUUCGCUGUUCCUUUUCGUUAAUACAUAGUUGUUUUGCUCCAAGCGGUUUCCCUAUCAAAUUUGAGGGCUUUAUUACUAGAGAACAAUGUAUAUCACGUACGAAGUUGAGCAAAGCUGCCACGUAUCUCCCUUUUUUGGCUCCUUCCAGUAUUGCGAGAAGCCCGACUUGAAGAAAUCGCAAACGCUUUCCACACCGCCAAAAUCCGAUUUCAUGCCUACCUGGCUGGUUCGCGUGUCUGAUAUGAGCGUGGUCAGAGGCAGCACCGUGACAGACGAAGGAUAUUGCACGGUCUCAUAUUCCUGGAGCUGGUCUGGCAAUAUGAUUCUUGACAAGAAAAAUAGCAAAGCGGAACGAGAUGAUCAAGGGAAGCACAAGAUUAUCUACCCAGCCAUGACUGUACGACAAGAUGAGCCAACGGGACGGGAAGGAAUACAUAUACCUGGCCACACAAAAUAUGUAAAAUUCGAAGCAGUUGUCCAGCAAGUAUGCAUGGACUUUGGAGUCAAGUAUGUCUGGUUCGAUCAGAUGUGCAUCAACCAAGGCAACAAAGAGGAGAAGCUGCGAGAAAUACGACAGAUGCACCGAAUUUACAGCAAUGCCUACUGCACCGUCGUUCUGAUUCCUGAACUUCACACCAAGUCUGCAAAAGAAAUACAUGAGAUGGGCCUAAACGAUAACCUGUAUAUUGCCGACCUAGAGGAAUUCUAUACAUCUGAAUGGGUCAAACGGUUAUGGACUUUUGAGGAAGCCUUGCUGUCGCCAAAAAUGCUUUUUGUGGGCCGAAACAUGCAUAUGUGGUCGUCUACAGUACCGGAAAACGAUUCAUUUCUGAAUCUCCUUUGUCAAGAGAAGAAGCGAUUGCCACCGUCGCAGCAGCAGCAACGAGGAUACAAUGUCAGCACUGUUUUAUACCAUGCACAUUUGCGCACCAGUACCAAGGAACACGACCGAGCAUUUGCACUUGCCAAUUUGUUUCCUCACAUUAUGGAUGGUAUUAGCGUUAGCUAUGACCAGCCAGUACUCGACCUCAUGGUUGAAUUUUACGGCCACUUAGCAAUGAUGGAUCUCUCAAUUCUGUGCUUCAAUAAAUGCACCGACAGCUACAAGGAGCGCGGGAUAGAGAACAUGAGCCAAAUUUCCUGCGACACUACUGUGGAAGAGCACCACGAUAUUCCAAUUAAACAACAUGACCUUCCGUCUUGGACUGGCAUCAAUGGGGAGCAUCUACGGAUUGACCUAGGACCUGACGCCCCUGCUGAUCAUUUACAAACGACGUUUUCGAAUUACAACAUAACCGGAAGAUUUAUGAAUAUCACUUGUAUGGGAUUAACUUCCAUAAACGACAACAAAUCCGACACCCACAGCGAUGAAUUUACCCUCUGCCACGACGACCUUUUGACUAUGCCUGAUUCUCGAGAUUAUAGCGUCAACAAAGUUAUCACCCAAAAUUUCGAACUUGCGAUUUCCGUGCGACUACCCGGUCAAAGCGAGGACAGAAUAGUGGGUCUCCGAGUAACCUUUACUUCAAAUGAAGCCAAUAUUAUCAAGCAAGGCUCAGAGUACCUUCGAUUACUCUCGCACUUUGUACCCAUAAACAAGAAAAAGUUGCUCUGGCACCCUAUACGUAGUGCAAGCAAAACAUACAGACGUGAAGCACUGUCCUGUGAUCAAAAAAGAUCGGGAUGA